AUGCUGCUGCUGCUACCCCAACUCGUCCUCGCAUUAAUCUCCUGGAUGCCCCAGUCCUCAUCCACACCAUCUAGCAAUAACUCUCCUGUCAUCGAGCUCCAUCCCGAUAUUUCACUUCCGUCCCAGUGCGUGUUAUAUGGCGUCCCCCAGCUCUUUCGCGUCGUAAAGCUUCAACCCGCCACUGUUUACGACAUCAAAGUAUCGUAUCCAGCGACGCAGCCAUCGAUGUUUACGCUACAAGUGGAGGGGGUAUUACUUCCAGUGCUAUUUCAUGAUAAUAUUGGUGAUAUUAGCGACAAUAUUGCUCGAAAUCUCGUGAAAAAACAGACGAUACCACCAGGACAUCGGGUUUUAAAUACCGCAAAACUUCGGCUCCAUCCAAACGAAGUCGAGGGACAUGAAUCGGUACGAUACCGGUUAGAACCGUCCCUCGAAACAGCUGUCGAGGUGGACUUUUCACUUUUGGCACAAGUCGAAGGCGUGCAACGUCCGGAUUCCAAGUUGGAAAUGGAAAAGUGUGUCUUUGAUAUUGUUGUAGAGGAAGUGCUGCUGGAAAUGUUUCCAAGACAUACAGUGGUGCUUAUUGGAUGGUUGUUUGUGCUCCUUUUUGUAAGUGGGAAGUGGGUGCUUCCAUAUCUCGAGAAGAAAAUUGCACUGACGUGUGUGGAGGAUCGAGUCGAGUUGACACAAACAAAGAAGUUCUAG